AUGAAACAUUGAAAAAAAGUUGAAGAUGAAGUUCACGGAAAGGAUGGGGCUCUAUAUGUUUAAUGUGGUGUCUACAUGUUUAAUGUUUAAAAAGCCUUAUGCAAAACAUGUAUUGAGGUGGUUUGUGCAAUUAUGCCCUGUGAUAGUUUGGCACCCACAUCCAGGGUGUCCCCACCUUGUGCCCCGAGUCCCCUGUGGGCUCCAAGUUCCCCACAACCCUGUGAAGACAUGUCUUCCAUGUCUAUAUGGAGCUUGCUUUGUGCACUGGUCAUGUUGGAACAGGAAGGGGUCAUCCCCAAACUGUUCUCACAAAGUUGGGAGCGUGAAAUUGUCCAAAAUGUCUCCGUAUGCUGAAGCAUUAAGAGUUCCUUUCACUGGAACUAAGAGGCCAAGGUCAACCCCUGAAAAGCAACACCUGAAUUCAACGAUUUGGAGGGGUGUCCCAAAACUUUUAGCAAUAUAGUGUAUAAUGUAGACGGAUAAUGUAUAAUGUAGAUGGAUGGAGAAUGUAAAAGGUGGCUGUUAGAUUUUUGCCAUAGGGGGCGAUAAUUGCACAUCUGUGCAGAGACGCUCUCUGUCGGACCACUAACACGUGCUCGGAUUUAGACAAGUCCCGCAGAUUUGUUGUCACCCAGAAUGGACACACACUUCACCACUGCUGGUUUCUUGCGCGGACUCUGCAGGAUUAAAUCCUCCUAAGCCUCGAUACGUUUCUAAGGAGAAAAAAAAACGAAGGAUUUAUUUAAGUAAGAAACUCCAGAAUGAAUUGGACGGCGUUCAACGACACGGAUGGAGGUUUCCACGCCGGUAGCACGGAGACUUUCUCCGCGUGCUGCAUUUCGUCCUCGGGUGUCACGGACUCCGGCUUCGUGCGUAACGGCGCGCACGAGCGCGGCUCCUUCGCCCCGAAUGUGGUGCAGGUCGCCGUGAUGUGCGUGCUCGGGCUCACCGUGAUCUUCGGCAUCUUCUUCUUGGGCUGUAACCUGCUGAUCAAAUCCGUGGGAAUGAUCAACUUCCUCGUCGCGGAUAGAAGAUAUUCCAAGGACGUCGAGGCGGUUAUAGUGAGCUCGUAGUGGAGAGAUUUGUACAUGAGAUCUCUUAUGGACGCAUAUGAUGCUUCUUUAAAAUCUUAUGAACACUGCUUGGACUUGCAUGUUGGUGCACAGAAAAGAAAGAACGCCCUCAGCUGAAAGAAUAAUCUAUAUUGAGAAAAUGACACGACGUUCAUUGGAGUUAACUAUUCUCCCUUAGCUUAUUUAUUAAGAACUGAUAAAUGACUACUUUAUUUUAAUGCAGCCUGGACUGAAAAUAUCUGCAACUGAUAAUACAGCCCUUGUAGUAUAUUCUUCACACGGAGUCAAUUUGAUUUCGAAACAUUUUGUACUUCUUAAAAAAAUGUAUAUGAUCUAGAAUACACUUUCAGUAAGAAAGGUACAAAACUGUACCUUUUAUGGUACAAGUGGCCGUCGCUGGUGUGGUACCCUGAAGGGUACAAUUUUGUACUUCUAGUCAUACCUUUAUAACUCGUUUUAGGAACAUAAUUGUACCCUAAGGACCUGUUGUGUACCAUUAUUAAGGUACCAUUAUAUUUUUUGUUCCCCUAGGAGAAAAAUUGUACCUCUGCUGUACCCUUGUUUUCUGACAGUGUAGAGUAAUUCACCCCUGUUGUAUUUAACUGCAUUAUUUUUUACUGAUUGAUUGCACUUUAAACUUUUUGAUCUCCUCCGAAUUAUCACAAUACAAAAGACAAGUUAUAUUUUUCCCCCCAUCAUAGAAUUUUGCAUCCCAUAGGCUAGAUGUUAUGUAACUGUUAUUUAACUUCUCAUAGCACAUUAUACUCCUAAUUGAAAAAAACACGAGUAUUUAAAAGAAAUCUACUUUUUCAGAGUAGUCUUUACUCCACAAGUAACCAACCAUCUAAUAAGUAAUCAGAUUGUUUUCCCUACAGCAUUGUUGACUGUUUUUCGUUCUGCUGUAACGCUUCACUUAUAUGAACUCAUCUUUACAGUCAUAAAGAAAUAACCGAAUGCAUGUGUACUCUAUAAGAUUGGCAGAUUGUUGUGUAAAUUCUUAAAGCUGCAAACUUGGGUCAUUCAUUUCCAUAUAUGUAAUUAUUGUGCUCUCUCCUUGCCUUUGCGGUUGUGAUUACAGUGAUUCACCAUUAAUUCACUGCGAUUUCUUUGUCAUCGUUGCAGUUAAUGAGGUCGCAGAAUGAAGGGAAAUUAACUUGGAGUUGAAAUAAAAUUAGUGGCCACAGCAACUGGCCAAAUACAAUUAUGUGUCUGGAAUUAUCUGAAAUGAACCUUGUCUCAUAACAGAUUAUAGCUCAGAAUGAAACAAAACUGUGUUUGGUUGUAACUGUGCACGUGUUAAUAAUAAUUGAUUUAGAGAGCACCUAUACAUUUACAGGUGGUGUUGAUGACGAUAUAAAGGUGAUAAGGAAUACAAGGAAACUUUCCAGAUUGCAGACUGUACAUACCGUAGUCCAUACAUGAUAAAUAGUUCAGACACCGCAAUCGCAGGUCACGCUACUCCAUAUUUCCGAAUACGUGAGCCACUUUUGAAUCUAGUGGCACUUGUCUCUGGUAGCCUAAACACAGCUGAGUGAAGAUCGUAAAAAUGCGUCAAUGCACAGGGUCAUCUGGGAGCAGCAGCUGAGAUUGUACAAAUGCAAACAGCUCUGCACUGAAACGAUCUGUUUACAGCCUCAGCCAAGAACUGGGAUGUAUAAACGUUAACAACAAAUCUCAAAAAGGCCAUGACUAUCUGUACAUUUUUUGAUGUCUAGCAUACAUCCCAACAAUUUGAAAUAAUGCAUCUGUGCUCUUAUAGUUAAAACAAGGCCUAGAUGUGGUCUAUGAGAAUCCAUCUGUACUACUUAAUGGAAAAUAAGGGUGUGUAGGGGGGAAGCGAGCCAUUCUGGUUUGUUCAUACUGAGCUGGUCCAUUACUUUACAUUACAUGAUUAAGUAAAUACACAGCACAUCACUUUGAUGCUGUACAGAGAUAUCAGAAAUGCUUUCAUUGGCCAAGAACAAGUCAUUACAGGAAUCUAGUUAGGCCGUUGAAAUGACACUGAAACAGGGGGAUAAUUUAGGCAUAUAUUACUAAAAUAUUUAACGAUGCAUUUAUGACUAAUUCAACCUGUGAAGGAAAAAAGAGUAAUUGCCUUCACUUAUGUUCUCUGUGUGUGUGACUCCGGAUUUCAGCAGUAGAAGGGAUACUUGUUCGGAACACACUGAUAAAUGCUGCAUUCAACUUAUUUCAAGAAGGAAAGCUGGAACUCGGAAUUCUGUCACUUUUGACCUUUGUUGGGAUAAAUGGAUAAAUGAAUGCUUUGUUUGGUUCAUCUUCUUUUAACAACACACUAGCCAGCUCACUACUGAUUGAUUGUAUGUUGAUUGAGCUUAAGCAAAUAUACAGCAUAUUUCCAUAAUAACCUCAUUUAAAGAUAAGAAGUGGUAUUUUGGUUAUUGCUGAUGUUGAAAGCAGCCAUGUUGAUCAGACCAUCCCAAGUUUUUGACUUUCAGCUGUCCAGAACCGGUGAGUCUGUGACCAUGAUAGCUUUAGAUUAUUAUUCUGGCUGACAGGAGUGGAAGCUCUUCUGCUGUUGUGGCUCAUCCACCUCCAGGUUUAAUAUGUUUUGCAUUCUGAGAUGAGUUUCUGCUCACAAUUGUAAAGAGUGCUUACUUGAUUUACUACAGACUUUCUGUCAGCUCAGACCAGUCUCACCAUUCUCCUCUGGUCUCCCUCAUCAGCAUGGGGUUUCAGCCUGCACACAGGAUGAUUUUAGUCCUCCAUAAUGGACAUGUCACAUAAACGGAUGAGCUUUUCGGUCAGGAGAUGGUUAGUUUAGUAUUCAGAAAUGCACUCACAUACGCCCCAC